AUGGCGAUAAUACCGUCUAUCGUCAAUUUCAUACUCUCCGUCGGCCCUGCAAUCACGGGCGGGGGAUCGAAUGAUCAUGGAGUAGCACCAACGUAUUAUCCACCGCUGGAUUAUAAGCCUAAGCCUACGGGUAUUCCGUUCACGUUGAAAAACGAGAGUGCUGUGGCCGACCGACCGAACAGCAAUAUCCCCAUCACAAGCACGAGCAUGUACAGUAUCAUGGCCCCUGAAGAGUCGACGAGUAGCAGCUCCUAUAUUCUUCCCAGCGUCAGUGACAGCUCGUUCGCCUCCACCACUCCCACGAGUCCAAGCAGCAUUACGGUGCCCAUGCAGCAGACGACGGACAGCAGUAUUGCAUCCGCCGCAGAUCCAAGCACAAGCAGUUCCGCAGUAUAUCCAAGCACGGUCAGCUACGCGGUGGGAGUAUCAACACAGCAAGCCAGCAGCAGCAGCAGUGUAACGCCUGAGCAGCCGACGAGUAGCAGCAUUCCCUCUCCUUCAACGACUCCGAGUCCCACCGCGGUAUCAGAGCAACCGGCAGCCAACAGCACAUCCGCCGACAUUCACGCAACCUUGGAUGGCAACGGCCAACAAGUCAACAACAAUGCUCAGACCGGUCAAGAAUGGGAAUCGUGCAGCUCGGGUGGUGCGGCAGCUGGUUACUGGUACGCGAACAUCGAGCACAAUGGCCAAUCUUCAUUUUUGGAAUCGGGAUCGAAAGAAAACUACACCGUGUUUCGCAACGUGGUGACGGAUUUCAAAGCCGACAAUACGGGAGCGACAGAUGCCUCGGGGGCGAUCCAGAAUGCAAUCCAGGCCGGACCAACGAACGGACCCGAUCGUGGAUCCCACUUCAUGGGAACCACUGGCCAGCCCGCUAUUAUUUAUCUACCACCUGGAACGUACCUAUUGAGCGCUGCACUGCAAUUCUACGUCGGAACAGUCAUCGUGGGAGAUCCGACCAAUCCCCCAACCCUGAAAGCAGCAUCGGAGUUCUCAGGCGAUCAUAUGAUCUACGCGAAGGAUCCCAGCUACGUCGGCACGAUCAACUUCCAAAUCGGAAUCAAGAAUAUCAUAUUGGAUUCCACGGCCGUCGCGGCAACCCAGGCGUUUAAUCUUGUCGAUUGGACCGUGAGUCAGGCGACGCAAUUGGCCAACGUUGUGUUUAAUAUGCCGACCGGGGACACAAACCACGUUGGACUUACUACGCAGUAUGACUACAAUAGUAACCUCAUUAUGAACGAUUUGUGGUUUCAAGGCGGUUCCAUCGGCAUGAAGCUGAGUGGCCAGCAAUGGGUUUUCAAGAGCCUCAGAUUUACUGGAACCAAGAUUGGUGUUAUUGCAGGUGGAACCGAUAUUGUGUUCAUGGACUGCCAUUUCGAGCAGGGCGAUAUCGGGAUCGACGCAGGCGGUACGUCUGGAUCGUUGACGGUGAUCGACUCAUCGGGCUCCGGUUUGAAUUCGUUCAUCGUGUCAGGCGAUUCAGGGAAUGCGGGAAACGCAAUCAUUCUGGAAAACAUCCAGAACACCGGUACUACGGUGACUUUGGGAGGGGAGGCCAAACUGUCCGGUCCUGUGGCUGACACUUGGGUACAUGGAACGGUGUACGAUCCGGGAAAUGCCAACAAACGGAGAGCCGAUGGGGAUUCGGUCACCACUCCUCGGCCUUCAAACCUGGCCCCUGGAGGCAAGUAUUUCACAAUGCCACCCCCGACGUAUAGGGAAUACAGCGCAGACCAAGUCGUGAACAUCAAAUCUGUCCCUGGGCUCCCUGUGUACGGUGACGGUUCGACCGACGAUAGCCAGAACAUCAACCGAAUUCUGACGGAGAAGCGUGGAUGCCAACUGAUCUAUUUCCCGGCUGGCACGUAUAUCGUGGCCGAUACUAUCUUCGUACCCGGCGGCACUCGGAUUAUCGGCGAUGCAUUUGCCAGCGUGAUUAGCGCCACUGGCAAUCUAUUUAAAGAUGAGGCGUCGCCGCGUGCGAUGGUCCGAUUCGGAUAUCCUGGCGAUAUGGGCAUCGCGCAGGUCAGCGACAUGAUGUUCACCGUCGCUGAUAUCUUGCCCGGCUGUAAAAUGGUCGAAGUCAACAUCGCAGGAGAACAGCCCGGCGAUGUUGGGUUCUGGAACACACAUUUCCGAAUUGGAGGCGCGGUCGGAAGUCGAGUGCAAACCGACUGUGCGGCCUCACCGGGCGAAUGCAAGGCCGCUUUUGGCCUUCUUCAUCUCUCCACCACCUCAUCGGCCUACAUCGAGAACAUGUGGGGGUGGACCGCGGACCACGAUCUAGAUGGAGACCACACGCAGAACAUCGGCACGGGUCGGGGCCUGUUGGUCGAAGCCACCAGCGCCACUUGGCUGAUCGGCACCGGCUUUGAGCAUCACACGCUCUACCAGUACAACUUUGAACGGGCGCGCAAUGUCUUUUCCGCCCUGCAACAGAGUGAGACGCCCUACUGGCAAGGCCCGGGCAAUCUCUACGCGCCAGCCCCGUGGGCCGAUCACCCCGUUCCCAGCGAUCCGAACUUUUCGCACUGCGCGCCCGAAGAUGCGAACUGUCGCAUGGCUCUGUUUGAACGCAUCAGUGGCUCCUCGGACCUCUUCUUGUACGGGGGCGGCAACUGGGUGUUCUUCAAUGCCAACGGGGAUUGCAAGGGGGACUGUCAGAAGAACAUGCUUCAAAUUAUCGACUCGACCAGGAUAUAUCUGUACGGGACUAAUUCGAAGAGCACGACGAACAUGGUGCUCGAGGGCAGUCAGGUCAUUGCGACGCAGAACGAUAAUGCCGGUGGCUGGGGCGGAGUGAUCGCGGCGUAUCUGUACAAUACGUGA